CCUGUGUGUUUGCAGGAAAUUUGGUGAAUACUGAAAUGAGCCAUGGCAACUUCAAGUAUGGAUGCUUCUCACUUCCACCACACCCCUUUUUAUUGUGAGGAGAAUGUAUACUUGCUUUGCAAAAAGUUGUCUAAUGAUGGAAUAGCAAAUGCUGAGGGAACUGAUCUUUUCGUUGUUUUCAUUUCCAAUGAAAAGAAACAGAUCCCACUCUGGAAUCAAAAGGCUAGCAACAGGGCUGAUGGGGUUAUUCUAUGGGAUUAUCAUGUCAUUUGCAUUCAGAUAAAUCAAGGAGGUGACUCUCCACUAGUGUGGGACUUAGACUCAAGUCUUACAUUUCCUUCACCUCUAGCUGCAUAUGUGUCUGAAACAAUUCGUCCAUCUUUUCAACUUUUUUCUGAUUAUAAUAGAUUAUUCAGAGUUGUGCAUGCUCCAGUGUUUCUCCGUUCUUUUGCAUCUGAUAGAAGACACAUGAAAGAUUCGGAUGGAAAUUGGGUUCAAGAACCUCCUCCACAUGAACCCAUAGCUGCUGAAGAUGGAACAGUUCACAACCUGAAUGAAUACAUUAACAUUUCUGUUGCGGAUGCUAUUACUGAUAUUACUAUCAGUUCCAUCAAAGAUGCACUUUUUACCCAGAAACAUGGUGUGGUGAUAAAGGAAAAUCAGCUUCAGGAAUUAAUUUCUGGGAUAUCUUUACAAUAGCCACAUUUUUAUACUUCCACCUAUCAAUACAUCCCUGGUUUGUAUAUGUUCAGAGGCCAUCUUUAUAUUCAAAGAUGCUGGUGAAAUAUGCUUUCUCUUAACAUGAGUAUUGUAAAAAUGCAUCCUUUGAAGGGGGUUGUUUUGGGUGCAAGGAAUGAAAAUCUAAGUUUCAUGUUUUUCAGAAGCAGAACACAAUGUUUCCAGUUAUUCUUCA